AGAGGAGUCUCUGUUGGUUGUUGGGGUCAAACCUUUCUCAGACGAUGGACAGACUACCAAAAGAAAGAGAGACAUGGGCCAAUCGUGCAGAGUUCAUCCUUUCUUCAGUAGGCUAUGCAGUCGGAAUUGGAAAUGUGUGGCGCUUUCCAUACGUCUGCUUCAGCGAUGGCGGAGGUGCAUUCCUCAUUCCCUAUCUCACCAUGAUGUGUCUGUGUGCCAUCCCGCUGGUGUUCAUGGAGUUUACAGUGGGGCAGUACACAAAAAGAGGACCUGUUGAGGCAUUCAUCGACAUCUGUCCUCUAAUGAAAGGUGUGGGUGUGGCUAUGGUGAUGCUGUCCUUCAUCGUGGCCUCCUACAACAACACAGUCCUGACCUGGGUUCUGUACUACCUCUUCCACUCCUUCACAGCCCCGUUGCCAUGGCAGCUCUGUAAUGCCACCUGGAACAUUCCAGAGAACUGUUCCAGCUUCAUGGAAAACUCCACCACACACCUGCAGUCCGCCACUAAACAAUUCUUUGACCAUAGGCUCCUGGAAAUCACUGAGGGGAUUGAGACUGUGGGCCACCUGCGAUGGGAGCUGGUUGGAAUUCUCCUGCUGAUCUGGGCCAUCCUAUUCUUCUGUGUCUUCAAGGGGAUCAGAUCCACUGGCAAAGUGGUGUACUUCACAGCACUGUUUCCAUAUGUGGUCCUUCUGGCUCUUCUGUUCAACAAUGUCCGACUACCAGGAGCCCUGGAUGGCAUCCUGUUCUUCCUGACACCCAAAUGGAACAAACUGGGAGAGAUACACGUAUGGAUUGAUGCUACUGCUCAGAUCUUCUACUCAAUAGGCAUUGGAUUUGGCUGCUUACUGUCUAUGGCCAGCCACAACAAGGUCAACAAUAACAUCCUCAGGGAUGCAAUGAUUGUCACUUUGGCGAACUCUGCCACCAGUAUUUUUGCUGGCUUCGUCAUGUUCUCUGGCAUCGGCUACAUGGCACAUGUGCGCCACCUCCAAGUGGAGCAACUGGCUGUUGAAGGACCUGGUUUGGCAUUUGUGGUUUACCCAGAGAUCUUCAGCACCAUGCCUGUCCCUCAGCUCUGGGCCUUCCUCUUCUUCCUUAUGCUGAUGUGUCUCGGCCUGGAUAGUCAGUUUGCCCUUGUGGAGGUCAUGGGGACUUUUGUUAUGGACAGCUUUGGCCCAAAGAUUCUCCUCAUGCUGAACUAUAAAGAGCUGGUGACCCUAUUACUCUGCUUCUUGACCUUCCUGUUUGGCCUUCCCUGCAUUACUCAGGGCGGGGUCUACAUCUUCCAGCUGUUAGACUAUUCUGUUGGCAUAACACUGAUGUUCACUUCUUUAUUUGAAGUCGUUGCUCUAAGCUGGAUAUUUGGAGUAUGGCGGCUCUCCAUCAUGGUGAAAAGGAUUCUGGGAAAGCCUCCAAACAUCUUCUUUAAGGCCUGCUGGUUGGUGGUCUCUCCGCUGUUGAUCGUGGCCAUAUUGGUCACUGCCAUGGUCCAGCACAAACCACUUCUUUACGAGAAGACAUAUCUCUACCCAGCAUGGGCUGAAGGUGUUGCAUGGAUCAUCAUCUUUCUGUCCGUUGGCUGGAUCCCUCUUGGAGCCAUGCAUGAGCUUCUUGGAAGGAAAGGCACUUGCUUAGCGAGGCUGAAGGCGUCGGUGACUCCCAGGAUCACCCUGGAGGAGGUCUGUAAUGUGCCUGUCAAUGAAGACCAACACCAGGACCAUGUUAAGUCUCUGUACAGCCUCUCUGAGGUCAGUCCUCUACGUGAAGAGAAAGACCGUGGGGACAUGUAGGCUCCUGUGUGACCCAUCUGCUAAAGCACGGGGUUUGCAAUGACAUGGUCAUGGCUACGAUUCCAGCUGGGGCAUUCUAUGUCUAUAUGCUCACAAUGUCCAUUGAAUAUACAUCUGAAAAGCACAACACUUAAAUAAAGGAAUGUGACUCUGUCAA